ACCACUUGUGACCCCCUUCCCCCUUCCGUCCCCCGCCGGCGCCAACGCCAACGCCACUCCGCCAGUCAGUCAGCCGAGCGGUGGGCAGAGCGGCACGCCUCUCGCUCGACUCCGCCCCGCUCCGCCGCUCCAGAUUUCGCCCACCCACCACACGCCCAUGGCGCUCGCCGCCUCCCACCACGGCCUCCUGCCCGUCGCCCCCGCCCCCACCGCCACCCUUACCCCGUCGCGGGGUCACCUGCGCUUCCGCGCCGCGCGACCUCUGCGGCACCGACCCGCCCGGAGAAUUUGUUGCCAAUCUAUCAACUCAGCUAAUGUGUUGGGAGCUUCUUCAAAGACAUCUGAUGAGGCAGUCCCAGUCCCAGUUGUCCAGAUAGAUCAAGAUUCAGACCGUGAUGCAACCAUUGUGCAGCUAAGUUUUGGAGAUCGUUUGGGGGCACUACUUGACACGAUGAAAGCACUCAAGGACCUUGGCCUUGAUGUCACAAAAGGAAGUGUGACAACUGACUCAGCUGUCACACAAACAAAGUUCCACAUCAUGCGAUCUGGACGCAAGGUUGAGGACCCUGACAUGUUAGAAAGGAUUCGGCUAACCAUCAUCAACAACCUUCUCCAGUAUCAUCCUGAAUCAAGUGAGAAGUUAGCGAUGGGUGAAUUUUUUGGGAUAAAGCCUCCUGAGAAGAAGGCUGUUGUCGAUAUUGCAACACGUAUAGUUAUUGAAGAUGAUGGACCAAAAAGAAGCAUGCUUUACAUAGAGACAGCCGAUCGGCCUGGCCUACUUCUUGAGAUAAUCAAGAUUAUUGCGGACACAAAUGUUGAUGUGGAAUCAGCUGAGAUUGAUACUGAAGGUUUGGUUGCAAAGGACAAGUUCCAUGUAAGUUACAGAGGUGCAAAACUAAACAGCUCCUUAUCUCAGGCGCUGAUCAAUUGUCUGCGUUAUUACCUCCGAAGGCCUGAGACAGAUGAAGACAGUUAUUGAUUGUUGUGUUGUCGAACCUUCCUAGCAGUACAUUAAAAUCAGAAACUUCAAACUUUGGCUUGAGUUCCUUCUCUAUGAGCCACUUGUACUAUUGCAAGUGGAGUUUCCAUUGUAGCAUCCAUAUAUAUGUACAUAGGUGGCAUUGAAAUUUGGCUCAUUAAACCAUUCUGUAGUCAUAUACAGCUGGGAGCAACAGAAUUAGGUUUCAAUCAUCGUUAUCCCAUUUGAUUCCUGUUAUAAGGGAUCACAUUGGAAGGUCCUCACAUGAUUGAUGUUGUCUGUAAGUUGGUACAAUCCAUUUGCAUGUAAAACUCAGCUGUGGACUGUGGUGUUCUCUGAUGAAAUAAAUAAAAGAGCAUUACAAAAUCA